UAUGAAGCAGAUGAAUAUGAUAAAGUCCUUGCCAGGUAUGAGGAUGCUUCAUUAAAGACGGUUACAUCGCUGUCUGCAUUGAAUUUUGGGCAGAAUGCUAUCUUUGGCGUGUCACUGACUGCUGUAAUGCUAAUGGCCAGUCAUGGAAUAACAUCAGGUACUCUCACUGUUGGUGACCUAGUAAUGGUCAAUGGACUUCUAUUUCAGCUCUCUUUGCCUCUAAAUUUUUUGGGAUCAGUGUAUAGAGAUGUGAGACAGUCACUGAUUGAUAUGCAAACAAUGUUUAACUUACUAAAUAUUCACUCACAAAUAAAAGAAAAACCUAAUGCACCAAAUCUUCUGCUGUCUCCAGAAUCAAACACUGUUACAUUUGACAAUGUCUCAUUUGGUUAUGUUGGAGAUAAGAAUAUACUCAACGGUCUCUCAUUUACUGUACCAGCUGGAAAGAAGGUUGCAAUAGUUGGCGGAAGUGGAUCUGGGAAGUCCACGAUAGUGCGAUUGCUGUAUCGUUUUUAUGAUCCUCCUCAAGGAAGGAUACUGAUAGGAGAUCAAGACAUAAGUGAUGUAUCAAUUGAUAGUCUUAGGAGAGCUAUUGGUGUUGUCCCUCAGGACUGUGUCCUCUUUCAUAACACAAUCCUUCACAAUAUACAAUAUGGGAGACUAAGUGCUAGCAAGGAUGAAGUACUGGAGGCUAUAGACACAGCUGGUCUGAAGGAGACCAUUAGUUCAAUGCCACUCCAAUAUGAGACACAGGUUGGAGAAAGAGGACUGAAAUUGUCAGGAGGAGAGAAGCAACGUGUUGCAAUAGCAAGAGCAAUAUUAAAGGAUGCUCCUAUACUGGUCUAUGAUGAAGCAACAUCUUCCCUAGACUCUAUCACUGAACAGGUAAUGAUAAUGAUAACAGCUACAUAG